ACAGCAUCUACUUCCGCUUCUCCGUGCCGCAACAUCCGGGUCACAGCGGCUUCAGGCGUCUUCUAGUAGCUGCUGUUAGUACAUGAAUAUAUAUCGCAGCAAUCCCGCUAUUCCCCCGUCUGUUCCUGUGUGAGGGAGACUGUGCUGCAGCGGUCACCGGCAGAUAUGAAGCUGGUCAGGUUCUUGAUGAAAUUGAGCCAUGAAACUGUGACCGUGGAGCUAAAAAAUGGGACCCAGGUUCAUGGCACUAUCACAGGGGUUGAUGUGAGCAUGAAUACUCAUCUGAAGGCUGUUAAAAUGACUGUGAAAAAUAGAGAGCCAGUCCAGUUGGAGACAUUAAGUAUUCGGGGGAAUAAUAUCCGGUACUUCAUCCUGCCAGACAGCUUACCCCUUGACACGUUACUUGUUGAUGUUGAACCAAAAGUUAAAUCCAAGAAGAGAGAAGCUGUUGCUGGCCGUGGCAGAGGGAGAGGCCGUGGUCGAGGCAGAGGACGUGGCCGAGGAAGAGGAGGACCAAGACGAUAGUUUAGGAAGAGAAGCAGUAAUCAUAUGGACAAGAAUUAUCUUUUUGUACAGAUUUUGUUAAAUUUUUAAGGGAUCCUGUGUGUUCUCAUCCGUAUUGGGGUUUAGGAAACAUUUUGUCUUUUGAAUAAAACUGUUAAAAGUGAA